AUGGGAAGACCAAAAUAUUCAUGUCAUCAUCAUCUUCCUCUUCUUCUUCCUGUUAUUCUUUUUCUUGGUGUCCUUUGGAUAUCACCAGGAUAUGCUUCAGCCGCAGACGAACAUGUAAAGGAUUUCUAUAUCAUUUAUUUGGGAGAUCGACCGGAUAAUGGAGACGAAACUAUCAAGACACACAUAAGUCUUCUCUCGUCUUUGAAUAUAAGCCGAGAAGAAGCACAAGAAAGAAUGGCAUAUAGUUACACUAAAGCCUUGAACGCUUUUGCUGCCAAGCUUUCUUCACAUGAAGCUAAGAAGAUGAUGGAGAUGGAAGAAGUUCUUGGCGUAUUCCGAAAUCAAUAUCGCCAACUUCACACAACAAAAUCGUGGGAUUUCGUUGGACUUCCUCUGACAGCAAAAAGACAUCUAAAAGCAGAGAGAGAUGUUAUUAUUGGUGUUCUUGAUACAGGAAUAACUCCAGAUUCAGAGAGUUUCCAGGACCAUGGUUUAGGGCCUCCCCCGGCGAAAUGGAAAGGAUCGUGUGGACCUUUUAAAAAUUUCACCGGAUGCAACAACAAAAUAAUCGGCGCAAAAUACUUCAAGCGCGACGGCACUGUGCCUGUCGGCGAAAUCCUAUCACCGAUCGAUAUCGAUGGCCACGGAACUCACACCUCCUCCACCGUAGCAGGAGCUCUAGUCCCAAACGCGAGUCUCUAUGGCAUCGCAAACGGCACCGCCCGCGGCGCGGUUCCGUCGGCGAGGGUGGCCAUGUACAAGGUGUGCUGGGCGAAAUCAGGCUGCGCCGACAUGGACAUCCUCGCCGGAUUCGAAGCGGCGAUCCACGACGGCGUAGACAUUAUCUCCAUAUCAAUCGGCGGUCCAAUCGCGGAUUACUCUUCCGAUUCGAUAUCCGUGGGGUCGUUUCACGCGGUGAGGAAAGGGAUCCUGACGGUGGCGUCGGCCGGGAACGACGGACCGUCCUCAGGGACUGUAACGAAUCACGAGCCGUGGAUAAUGACGGUUGCGGCAAGCGGCAUCGAUCGGACGUUCAAGAGCCAAAUCGAUCUCGGCAACGGGAAAUCCUUGUCUGGGAUGGGGAUAAGCAUGUUUGAUCCAAAAGCCAAAUCGUACCCGCUUGUAAGCGGCGUUGAUGCUGCGAAGAGCAAAGACGACAAGUUCUUGGCGAGGUACUGCUUCUCUGAUUCUUUGGACCGAAAGAAGGUCAAGGGAAGGGUAAUGCUGUGUCGAAUGGGAGGAGGUGGCGUGGAGUCGACAGUUAAAAGCUACGGAGGAGCUGGUGCCAUCGUGGUGAGUGAUCAGUAUCUUGAUAACGCUCAGAUUUUCAUGGCUCCAGCCACCACUGUUAAUUCCUCCAUUGGCGAUGCCAUCUACCGAUAUAUCAACUCCACAAGAUCACCGUCGGCUGUGAUUCAGAAAACAAGGCAAGUCACAGUCCCUGCUCCGUUUGUUGCAUCUUUUUCAUCAAGAGGUCCCAAUCCAGGAUCAACACGCCUGCUCAAGCCUGAUAUUGCUGCACCUGGGAUUGAUAUAUUGGCGGCCUUCACACUCAAGAGAUCACUGACAGGGUUAGACGGUGACACCCAAUUCUCAAAAUUCACCAUCCUCUCUGGCACCUCCAUGGCCUGCCCUCAUGCUGCUGGUGUUGCUGCUUACGUCAAGUCUUUUCAUCCUGAUUGGUCUCCCGCUGCUAUCAAAUCCGCCAUCAUAACCUCAGCAAGACCGAUAAGCACAAGAGUGAACAAGGACGCAGAGUUCGCAUAUGGAGGAGGCCAAGUGAACCCAAGACGAGCCGCGAGCCCUGGCCUAGUCUACGACAUGGACGACAUUUCCUAUAUCCAGUUCCUAUGCGGCGAAGGCUACAAUGCAACCACCCUGGCUCCAUUGGUGGGCUCAAAGUCGGUGAGCUGCUCCUCCAUCGUCCCUGGACUCGGCCAUGAUUCUCUAAACUACCCAACAAUUCAACUGACGCUGAGAUCUGCCAAAGCUUCGACAAUGGCUGUGUUCAGGCGGACAGUCACCAACGUGGGUCCACCUUCGUCGGUGUACAAGGCCACGGUGAGGGCACCGGAAGGAGUAGAAAUAACGGUGGAGCCAAUGAGUUUGUCGUUUGCAAAGGCAUCACAGAAGAGGAGCUUCAAAGUGGUGGUCAAGGCAAAGCAAAUGAGUCCAGGGAAGAUUGUGUCGGGCUUGCUCGUGUGGAGGAGCCCACGUCACUCGGUUCGGAGCCCCAUCGUUAUCUAUAGUCCUUCUUUCUCGGACAAUAAUCUAUAA